ACCACUUCUGCCUAUUUGGUUGCAAAGCAAGAAGGCUACGAUGUGAAAGAAUUUAAUGCAAGCGAUACAAGAAACAAGAAAGCAUUGGAUCAAGUUGUUAAAGUAACCACACAUAAUACUUCCAUCGCGAGUUUUGCUCAUGGAGAGUCUACAUCUGGUCAAGACACUCAGAGACGAAAUGCAGACAAGAUUCUAGUCAUUAUGGACGAAGUCGAUGGAAUGUCUGCUGGGGAUAGAGGCGGAAUGGCCGAACUUAUAAAAUUAAUUAGGAAAACACAGGUGCCAAUUAUUUGCAUUUGCAAUGAUCGUGCCUCUCCAAAAAUACGUUCUUUAUUGAAUGUGUGCCAGGAAUUUAAAUUUCAAAAGCCCCGAGUUGAACAAGUUAGGUCAAGAAUUAUGACCAUCGCUACAAGGGAAAAGAUUAAAUUUAAUACAUCCAAUGUGAUCGAUGAACUGGUUAGAGGAGCUAAUUCUGAUAUUCGCCAAGUUUUGACCCAACUUUCUUCAUUAAAGAUUACACACGACACUAUAAAUUACGAUGAGGUCAAGGAAUUUGGAAAGGCGUGUGAAAAAGACACAAAUAUGAACUUGUGGACUAUAGCCGCUACUCUCCUCGGCGAUGCAGCAUGGAAUCCACGAAAUAAAUCUAGCUUAAAUGAUAAAGUGGAUCUCUAUUUUCUCGAGUCUGAUUUAUUGCCAUUAAUGAUUCAUGAAAAUUAUAUAAAAGUUAAACCAGAGAAUUCCACCAGAUUUGUUAAAGGAAAUGAGGGAAAUUCACAUCUUGAGCAGAUCGCUAUUAUGGAAGCACUUAGUAAAGCUGCUGAUUGUAUUUCAGAUGGGGACUUGGUUGACAGAAUGAUAUAUGGUUCUCAACAGUGGUCAUUGAUGCCUGUUCAUGGAAUGUUUUCUUGUAUUCUUCCAGCGUAUUAUGUGCAUGGUAAUUCUGGAUUUCAGUACAUGUUCCCGAG